AUGGAAUUGAGUUCGGAUCCGUCGACUCCUACCCAGGAGCUCCUCCAGGAGCCCUCUCAGGAGCUCCCGCCCCUCCCAGCGCCCCGGAACUUCGUCGAUUCGGAUCAAACAGAGCAGGCGCCUAGCCCUAGCCCUAAUAUACCCUCAAUUCAAGUUAUAUCGACUCCAAAGGACAUUUCGCAAACUCAAUUCGACUUCUUUUCCAGCGACCCUUUGGCCUCCGCUCCUGAGAUCGAAAAUUUUUUCGUUCCUAGCCCAAUUCGGAAGCGACCUAGAGCCUCACCACCCCCUGAAAGUGCUGUACGCAAAAGGGUUCCUGUACUAAGCCGCGGAGACCGCCCGGCUACUAUAGGCCCCGAUACCGACCGCCCGGCCAACUUAAACUCCGACUCCGACUUCGAUUUUGAAUUCGAAUAUACCCGAGCUUCCGGGACCCCCCGAGCCUCCAGCACUACUACUACCCGUACCGCCGGUACAGCGAUACUUGAAGCUAGAGACCUGAUUAUCGAAGCCUACAGCCUCACCAAAGCCCGUACCGAACAAGUAAAGCUCCUAGACCUACUCGAGGUCUUUAGAGAAUUCACUGAACACGGCCACCUCCAAAAAGCAUCUAAAAUCAUCUCCUCCCAGAUUUCAAAUCUGGAAUCGGCGACCCGGCAGCUCGAAGCUAAGUCACGUGACCUCUCACGUGCUACCGGCCCCACCCGCACCUCCGGCCCCACCGGCCCUACUAGCUCUGCCCCUGAAUCCGAUCGGUUAAGUAAAAACUUAACUAUACGCUCAAACACUCCCAAUUCCUCCAAUUCGACGUUAAGUAACAACUUAACUAUACCGUCCUUUGCAAGUGUUGCAAAUCAAGGCUCCGGAGCCCCAAAAACACCCCAAGAAUGGACCUUAGUUGGCAGAAAGCUUAAACUUACCUCACCGCCUAAAUCGGAACGAUCUAGCCCAAAUAGGCUUAUCGUUACACAAACCCCUGGAACUACUACUUCGUUCUCCCCCCUAGUAGCCCGAAAUGCUCUAAAUAAAGCUUUUACAGAUAAAGGGAUCAAAGGCCCUGUAGUUAUUUCAGUAACUAGAUCUCUGAAAAGGAAUCUAGUUAUUACAACUACACCUAACUAUACGGCCGAUUUCUUGAUCGAAAAAAGAGCUAUUUGGGAGCAUAUAGUGCCUAAUCAGGCACUAUAUAAAGAUGAGCUUUAG